AUGAGGAAGUUUCUCGGUUUAAUCCUGUACAUGUCUGUAGUGUCCAUGCCAUUCAGGCGCAUGUACUGGUCCCGGUUAUUGCGCCAAUCCUACAUUGCGGACUGCAUGCCAAGAAAUUGCUUUGACGAAGUGAUCUCACUUUUCCACGCGUGCAACAACGACACCGAGAAGAAAAAGGAAGAAGAUGGCUACGACAAGCUUUACAAGGUCCGUGCGUUGCUCAGCCGGCUGAAUUAUAAUUUCCAGGGUGCUGCAGAAAUGGAAGAUUGCCUUGCCGUGGAUGAAAUGAUUGUACCAUUCAAAGGCCGACACAGCCUCAAGGUGUACAUGAACAAAAAGCCUAGAAAGUGGGGCUACAAAGUGUGGACACUGGCCGGGAGAUCCGGCUAUGUGUACAAAAUUGAGCUUUACGGAGACAAUUUAGUCAUUGACCCAACGGAUUUGUCAAAUGACAUCGGAGAAAGUGGAAAAAAUUGUUGUGCGAAUCUCUGA